AUGUCCGGGCUAGAAUCGUACGUCAACAACACUGUAUCGAUAAUUACCGCCGACGGACGCAACUUUGUCGGCACGCUAAAGGGAUUCGACCAGACCGUAAACGUAAUCCUGGACGAAUCACACGAGCGCGUUUAUUCGAUGACUGCCGGUAUAGAACAGGUCGUACUGGGAUUGCAUAUCAUCCGAGGCGAUAAUAUUGCCAUUAUUGGACAGCUGGAUGAGAGCGUCGACAGCAAGCUAGACUUCAGCGCCAUACGCGGGAUGCCAUUAGAACCGGUUGUACACUAA